UGAGGCGGUUCGAAAGAAGCGGGAAGUGGUGACUGAACGGGGCGGCUGCGGCGGCUCCGAUCGCUGGUCCCUGUCACCGGCCCCGGCCCGCGGCUGUAGGGCGGGAGGAGCGGCCCUGGUCUUUCGGCGAACGGCGCGGAAGGUAGGGGCUGCGCUGGGCCUCCUGUGGGAACCGCCUUCCCCUCAGCUGCGGGCGCGGCCUUCCCGCCGCCAGCGAGGCCCGUCUCCCCGGCGCCGGCAUUUCUCGCUCCCUGCCGUACCGCUGUACGGCCGCCGCCAUGUCGGUCGAUCCCAUGGCCUACGAGGCGCAGUUCUUUGGCUUCACUCCCCAGACGUGCAUACUGCGUGUCUACAUCGCCUUCCAGGACUAUCUCUUUGAAACCAUGCUGCUGGUGGAGAGCGUCAUGCUGAAGAAGCUGAACGAGUUUCCCGGCUGCAAAAUCAGCCCCUUCGAACUCCGGAAAAGCACGGAGAAAUUCCUCCUCUUCAUGAAGGAGCGCUUUGAUAAACUCUUCAGUACGAUGGAAGAAAUGCUUCUGCAGCUGGUGUUAAACAUCCCUAAGAACACACUCCUGCCCGAGGACAAGGUCCACGAGCAGUAUCCCUACAGCAAAGAACAGUUCCAGGUCCUUCAGGAUGAGGUCCACCAGCUGCAGGAGCAGUACAGGGCUGAGGUGGCCGCUGGGCAGGCCCUGCAUGCAGAACUGGAAGAACAAAAGGUUGUUCAGGCUGAGCUUGAGAAGAUUUUGCAGUGGUUUGAUGGGCUGGAGAAUACCUGUAGGAAGUAUGGCAUCAGCAGCUUCAAAGAAAGCUUUACUUUCUUGGCACAGAACUCUAAGAAACUGCAAGACAUACUGAAUGAUGUUGAAAAGAAAAGCAAGAAAAUAAAAAAAGUAUGAUCAGUUGUUGUAAUGAAAAUUCUGAAAAGGCAACAAAAAUAAUUUAGACUGUUUGCUUAAAAUAAUAAGGGCUUAUCUUUCCAGAAGCAUCUGCCCUAAUGGCUUACUUCUCUAAUCCUGUCAAGAUCUAGACUAAAAGCUGUUGAAUUGUGUCAGUUUGUGUCUGUUUAACAUCCCCCUACGGCACCAGGGGGAGAAAAAACACCUGUAAAAUGUAACUCUGAAACUGGUGAUUGGAAGCAAAUUUUGGGUUGGAUAACCUGGCUGUAAGGGUACCUUCCUGACCUUAGGAAUGUUAAUUUUGAACUCAAUGUAGCAUUUGUUUAUUUUAAGGAUUAUUAGAAAAAAAAAACGAAUGUCUUAAGUAAGAUUUGUAAGAAUGUGUGAGUUUCCAGCCUGAAACCAGCUCAGGUAACAUGAGUCGGUGUUUUUGUCAGUGAGGAUACUGGGAUUUUGCACCAGUUUGCCGAAGGAGCGGUGUGGCGCAGGCAGUGUCUCGUUAAGGUGCCUGUUCACUCUGCUUUAACAUCUGACAACUGGGAUGCACGUAGAGAUGAGUAAGACUGAUGCUGUUGUCAGGGCUCUGAAGAGAAAGGGAUCUGUUAACAUCAAUACUGAAUUUAAGCCCAGUUUUUGGAAUUUUAGAGUUAUUUACCACUCCAUGUAUGUUUGCAAAGAGGUAGCUUGUGUUUUCUUUAAGCAGGGACAGCAUGCUGCUCUGUAGACCGAAGAUCUUGAAGCCACUGGAGUGAAUGAGCAAUCUGAUCAUUUUGUCCUGUGUUAGCUUAUGUUGCUUUAUAGAUCUAGGUGAUUUUAUUUUUGUUGUGCAGUGUCCUUCUACUAAAUAGCAAAGUUCAUUUUAUGCAUGUUUAACCAGAUUUUCCUGUAAAAAUGUUGUGAAGACUGACUGAUGUGCUUGAGUUCUUUGAAGUCACUUAAAUAACCUUAUUUUAUCUGUACUUGAUUCAAAAUACAUUACGGUCUGUGUGCAUCUGUCCAUUUGCCUCAGCAGCUUUUGAAUCUCCUGUACAGGCGUAUCAUGAAGUAUCAAUACUAAUUUCUGCUUUGCUAGUGUAGGUGUUUGAAAGGUAUUAAACUUGUGAAUAAUUUAGAAGGUAUUAUAAUAAUAAAAUGUGUUAAAAGCAUAAAA